UCAGAAAGCCUUGGCCUCUGCAGUCAGACUCCUAUAAGUUCUGUCCCAGCUGGCACCCUGACAUCAUGGGAACUUGCCUGGCCCUUUGGGGAAAAGUUGAUCAACCCUGAAUUUAUGAUUCUUUACUCUUGUGCCAGGUUGGAUUGCCGCCUGAGUCAGCCUCACAUAUCACUUUAUUUUUUUAGUAACCGUUGCCAGCAUACUAAGGCCACAACUGGAAAAGUAAUUCAACUAAGCAAUGAGUAUUUUGCUGUUUGAAAGAUCUUUAUCAGAAAUACUGGCUGUAAAGGAGAGACAGGAAUUUCAACAGAUAAAGAUGGAGGAGGAGAAGUCAUUCUAUGAAGAUAGAAGUACAUGAGAAAAAGGAAGAAUGGCUGAUUAUCCUAAGGAAGGCAAAACUGAUGAAAUUCCAAACUUUAUCCAGCUGACUGAUUUGGCAUCUGAGAAUGUAGGAGGAAAGGUUUUAUUUGCAACAGAUGACUUUUUUGCUCCUGCGGAAAACCUUUUAAAGAAACAUAGACCAAGCUAUAAACCAAAAGAAUAUACAGAGUUUGGAAAAUGGAUGGAUGGAUGGGAGACCAGGAGGAGGAGAACUCCAGGUCAUGACUGGUGUAUUAUCCAACUAGGAAUACAAGGGAUUAUUCGUGGCUUUGAUGCAGACACUGCUUUCUUUACUGGAAACCAUGCUCCCAGAAUAUCAAUACAGGCAGCAUGCUUACAAAAUGAGGAGAUACCAGAGAUACCAACAAGAGGGACAAAAAUGGGAUGUGCAGCUACUGCAGAAGAAUUGGAAGCUAUUGAGAAGUUGAAGUCAGAGAAUUGGCAUUGUCUGGUUCCUAUGGAAGAAAUCAAACCGGGAUAUUCAGGCAGCAAUCAUAAUUAUUUUUCUAUAUCUUCUCCUCAAAGAUGGACUCAUUUAAGGCUUAACAUCUUUCCAGAUGGUGGACUUGCACGUCUGCGGGUCUAUGGUACUGGACAAAAAGAUUGGUCUGCGGCUGAUCCUAAGGAAUUGAUUGACCUUGUGUCAAUGGUGCAUGGAGGGGUUUGUGUGGGUUUUAGCAAUGCCCAUUUUGGUCAUCCAAAAAAUAUUAUAGGUAUAGGAAAGCCAAAGUGCAUGGGUGAUGGCUGGGAAACUUCAAGAAGAUUGGACAGGCCACCAAUUAUAGAAACUGAUGAAGAAGGAGUUCUCCUAGUACCUGGUGGUGAAUGGGCAAUUUUCAGACUGGCACAUCCUGGUGUAAUCACUCAAAUAGAGAUAGAUACACAUCAUUUUAAAGGUAAUUAUCCAGAUACCUGCAAACUUGAUGGUUGUGUUCUAACGACUACAGAGGAAGAAGAAGGUAUUUUGCAAAAAUGGCAUUUACCAAAUGUCAAAUGGAAACCACUGCUUUCUGUCACAAAGCUGUCGUCUAACAAGAAGCAUUUCUUUGAUAGUAUAAGUCUCCAGUUGCAGAACGUCAUCACUCAUGUGAAAAUUACCAUUGCUCCAGAUGGGGGAUUGAGCCGGCUUCGUUUGCGGGGUUUCCCCAGCUCUAUCUGCCUUCUACGGCCCAGUGAAAGAGUGUUGUCCUCCAGACGAUUCCCUGUGAUUGUGCCUUUGAGAGCAAUGAAUUCUACCUUCAAAAUCACUUGAAAUUGGGAUACUAGUUAAAUGAUAAGUGUCGCAGUAACAUUCAUGGAACAUUUUGAACAUCUAGACUUUUAGAAACAUUUGUGCUUUUAUCUCUUGGAGAUCGAGAUGAUUCCUGGUGACAUAAUAAAACAUUUUCCCUAUUUCUAAGAGA